UUUAUACUAUACGCUAGAUCACAAUUGUGACAGAAUGUGUUGGGUCUUAAGUUGUUUGGUCGUGCGGGCGCGCGCGGCCAGUGCGUUCCGCUCGGCCGCCGACGCCGCACUUGACAUUUUCCCUUAUAAGUGAUUGCAAAUGGUUUUUCCCAAGCCCGUGGCGAACUAACCUGGAUUUGUCUUUAAGAAUUGGUUUCGAGUGCUAAAAGCUGACAAAGAUGUCUGGAGGAACAACAGGCCCACUGUUGUAUUCGGUGGGCGCGGCCGUGCUGGGCAUGCUUCAGUUCGGCUUCAACACGGGCGUCAUCAACGCGCCGCGCGCCUUCAUCGAGACCUUCAUCAAAGAACAGCAUCAGGUUGACGCCGAACGAAGCUCCUUUCUGUUCAGCGUCAUUGUCUCCAUCUUUGCCGUGGGAGGCAUGAUCGGUUGUCCGUUAGCUAGCUGGGUUGCGGAGAAGCACGGACGCAAAAAUGCUUUACUCAUAAAUGCGGCAUUCGGUGUCGUCGCGGCAGCUCUUAUGGCCUUCAGCAAACUUGCGGGUUCAGUGGAAAUGAUCAUAAUUGGCAGAUUCCUCAUAGGAAUCAACUGCGGCUUCGCCACUACUGCCUCGCCGACUUACGUGUCUGAAGUGGCUCCGUUGAGACUACGCGGCGCGUUUGGUACAGUUAAUCAAUUAGCAGUGGCUUUCGGCCUAAUUUUCGCACAAAUUCUAGGAAUAGAUGCUAUAUUAGGCAGUGAUGAAGGUUGGCCGUGGCUUCUAGGGUUUGCCAUAAUUCCUUCCGGUCUGCAAUGCAUGAUGUUGCCUUUCGCUCCCGAAACACCCCGGUUUCUUUUGCUCACGAUCCGUGAUGAGCAAAAAGCUAGGCUGGCGCUUGUUAAAAUUAGAGGUAACCCUGAAAUCGACAACGAGAUCAACGACAUGCACGCGGAAGAUAGAGCCGAAAGACAAGAAGAGAAAUUUACCAUAUGGGGCUUGGUCACAGACAAAUCUUUGCGUACUCCGCUCAUAAUCGGUAUAGUCAUGCAUUUAUCACAGCAGUGGGGAGGUAUCAACGCGGUUUUGUAUUACUCUUCUACUAUCUUCGAGGGCGCCGGUCUCGAGCCCAAGGACGCCCGCUUGGCUUCUAUCGGCGUCGGCAGUAUGUUAUUCAUAAUGGCGCUGGUGUCUAUUCCGCUGAUGGACCGCCUGGGCCGACGCACGCUGCAGCUCGGCGGCCUAGCUGGCAUGACCAUGUUCUCAGUUCUCAUGACGAUAGCGUUCUUCACCUACGAGGGUAAUAAAACAAUGAGCGUAUUCGCUGUUAUCUUCACGCUGUUAUACGUCGCGUUCUUCGGUGUGGGGCCGAGCUCGAUCCCGUGGAUGAUCCUGUCGGAGCUGUUCGGGCAGUCCGCCCGCAGCGCCGCGGUCAGCAUCGGUGCGCUCGUCAACUGGUUUGCCAAUUUCAUUGUGGGCAUCACAUUUAUAUCAAUGAAAGAUGCACUAGGACACUAUGUAUUUUUGCCUUAUACGGUAUUUCUAAUAUUGUUCUUUGUAUUCACGUAUUUUAAAUUGCCUGAAACAAAGAACAGAACUAUCGAGGAAGUAACUGCAUUUUUCAAGAAGUAAAUCUGAGUCGAUACUAGUUUUAUGACACAUUCCUUAAUAUUGCCCAAAAUAUAUUGUAAAAAGUCUAAUUACACUAAAAAUUGUGAUAGCUCCUGAAUAAUUGUAAGCGAAACUUCUUUUUGUUAUGGGUAGCUCUAUGUAUAGGCACAUAUUAUGCUGUAUUCGUUCUUGUCCUGACGGUCAGCGCGAAUCUACUCGUAAAGGAAUAACAAUUAACCGAUGUCAGCGUUUCACCGUUAAGUACGGACUAAGGCGAGCCGUAUAUUAAGGCAGUGGGUUAAGUACGGUUACAAUAUUCUGGCUAUCGAUUUUGCAUAUUUUAAGAAGACUGAACAUCGCACUUAUUAUAAUCAUUUAUAGAUCUACCUACUUGAUAUUUGAAAAUACUAAGUACUUACUCGGGUAUAUUGUUAGUCAUUGUAAGGAUCACAUAUUUAUAUAUAUUAGGUAAUGUAAACUAUUAGCUAGAUGCAGUGACCCUAUUUGAAAUUAAGUAAAUAUUUACAUAUGUAAAACAAUAUUAAUCUCAUUUUAAACUUAGGUAUAAGGUAUAAGUGAUAAUACAAAUGAAAUUUUAUUGUAUAUAAUCUAUGUUCAUUUAUGAAAUGGAUAUGUUUGAAUUAUUUAUUGUUAAAUAAUGCAUCUCUUAUAGCGAGGCAAUUUUGGUCUGUUUAAUAAUACGUUAAGAGGACCAAUCUUUUGUUGUUUAUCUUGCCCGUUUACACAUUUAUUUUAUUUGAUAUUAAUGUUUCUGAUGCCAGGGUUGUAGAUUUUCUAAUAUUUUCUAUUUUUAUGAGUAUUAAUGUUUACGUAGGUAUUUGUCACAAGAAUCUUGUGACAAGAUUCUACAGUGCCUUAACUUUUUGUUUUGUUGUGAACUUUUGAAUACGUUUUACUUGUCUUUCCAUCUGUAUUUUAAAUCGAUCACCGUCCUAGAGUACUUUAGUGCCAAUAACGAAUUUAGAAAAUAAGGGCUGACCACUUGAUCUUCGAUUAACUACUUGUUUAUCAACCACUCGAGUCACUGCUCAUCGCUAUCGACGAUAAUUUUCUUCUUUCACCCAAUAUAGGAUCGCUUUAACGGGGAGUGGGGAGUCUCUGAUGAUUUUAACAUUUUCCCUAUCCAAUAUGGAAUGGUACCUACAGGUACCUAUUUAUUACAGUACCGUAUUUAAGUACAUACCUAUUAAUCCUAUUAUGUACGCUACGCAAACCUUGAAAGUUGUCUUGGGGAAUGCAUUUUGCUCUUAUAUAUGAGGAAAGUGCUAUUCUUAUAUUGUCAGUGAAUUUUUUGCAUUUACCUGGUAGAGAAGAUAGGGAUCGUGUUAAUUAUAAAAAUAAGUUCCUCUUAGAGAUCUUCUCAGAAAUUUCUGGAAUAUUUAGACGCAAAUUUUAUUUUGUUAGUGGAAAGUUUUAAUCUCCAUUCAAAAAUAUAAGGAGUUUCUGAAGCUUUCGUUUGUUUAAAUUUCGCAAUUGUGUUGAAACUUCAGCGGCACAUCAAUAUUCACACUCGAUCAAACAAACAAACAACAAAGAUAUACUUUGUUAAAACUAUUCAACGUCAUUGUACACAUAGUACCUAAAACAUACAAAUAUGUAAACUGCAAAACGUAAUUCAAGACCAAAAAAUUAAGAAAUGUUGCCACUUUUUUACUAGUGCGUCUUGUAUUUAUGUAAAAAUAAGUAAAUAAAAGCACUUUUUUAAAUUGUGGGAGUUAAAUUACGAAUAAAUAAAUUAUCUUAGAGUGAUUAUUUAUCAAAAAGGAAUUUACUAUUUUACAAACAAAUUAUUGCAGUGGGAACAUUGUCUUACUUUUUUUGGUCUUGAAUUACGUUUUGCAGUUUAAUCAAAUUUGACUUGUUGCACAUACGUAUUGUAACUUAAUUAGGUACCUUUUUAUGAAAAUGGUAGUUUUUAAUAUUUACUUACUUAGAAUUUACUAAGCAUGGGUGACAUCAGAGAUGCAAUCAGAAAUAUCGAUACAAUUACAUUUAGGUACUCCCAUUUUAAUGUGCUAAGAAUGAUUGAGUACACGAAAGAAAACAAUCUUACGUAUAAAAAAUUGUUUUAUUAAUAAUCAUCAUCAUCAUCUCAGCCAUAAGACGUCCACUGCUGAACAUAGGCCUCCCCCUUGGACCUCCAUACGUGCCGGUUGGAAGCGACCCGCAUCCAGCGUCUUCCGGCGACCUUAACAAGAUCGUCUGUCCAUCUUGUGGGUGGACGUCCUACGCUGCGCUUGCUAGUCCGUGGUCUCCACUCGAGCACUUUUCGACCCCAUCGGCCAUCUUCUCUGCGUGCAAUGUGGCCUGCCCAUUGCCACUUCAGCUUGCUAAUCCGGUGGGCUAUGUCGGUGACGGUAUUAAUAAUACUUACAAUAAAAACAGUACUUAGUUACAACAUAGUUGACCUAACUUUUGAUGCCUAUCGUAUGUUUAGAUACGUGUCAUGGGAUAACAUGACAUAUAGGUAUUAUGUACGUAAACGUACGUCUUGCUUGUAUUGUUAAUUCUGAUCACGCCUCAGAUAUCAGCUUAUAUAGGUACCUAUACCUAUUAAUUAUGUAGAUUCUACUGUUUCUUAUUAGUUAUUAGUUACAAAACCUAUUGACUAAUUGCACUAAUUUUAUGGUUUGUUCUCAAUUUGUAAUACAAAGUCUGUAAAGCCUCUUCUAUUCCGGGCAGUUAACUUCUUUACCGCCACUAUUUAUUUCGUGUAACUCGUAAUGUUAUUAAUCAUUAUUGAAAUUAAUGAAAAUUUAUUUUAUAUUGCUCACGUCACCAUAAGCAAUUAAGCAGUUAAAAAAGAGUUAAGGAACUCUGAGCCGGAAAUUUUUAACUUAAUUUUUAGAGGUAAAUAAAUUUCACAACAUUUCUAACUUUCCAAAAAGUUGGAAAAUUGAGAAAAAAAUUACAAGAGAUAAAAUUCAUCAUUGGCCACAGCAUCUUGACAGAUGAUUGUUGCAGCGACAGUUUAUAUUUUACUUCUUUAUCCGCUCGGUAUUUUACUACUUUGGAUACUUUCCGACGGUAGAUACAUCUGUACAUUUAUUUAUUUUUAUUAUAUAAUAGGAUCGAUUUAGUCCCAAUCAAAGUUCAAGUGCAAUCUCGGGUCUUUAGAAUCAAAUACAGAUUAGUAAUAUACGCAUUGUGAAUCUAAUCGAAUCGAAUGAUAAUUAUUAAUUAGAAUAAGGAAAAUUUCACAGAUAGGUAUUAAACAUACCUUAUAUUGUAAUUUUGUUGAUAUGAAAUAAUAAUUUAUUUACCGAA